UGGAAAGAUACGGCUACUUGUUUGAAUUUAAUACUUGAUCAUUACCAUGAUGGUAUAUUAGAUAAAGGAUUUUAUACAGCUAUUGCUGGAAUACCAUUAUUUAAAACAUUAGUUGACGACUCGGAGGAUUUAAUGUCUCCAAAUUUUCAAACCUGGCAGAUUUUAAAUAAUGUUAGAAAACAAGGAUGCAACAUGAAUAUAAUAUUCAUUCUUAAUGCUGAUCAAACAAUGAGAUUACUAAAAUUUAGCGAUAAGCACAGAAUGUUGGAUUUUAGGACUAAAUUUAUGUUAUUACAUGAUCGUAGACUUUUCACAAAGCAACAUCAUGCUUUAUGGACGAAAAUUAUAAAUGUUGUGUUUAUUAGAAAAUAUCGUUUAAAAGAAAUGUAUGAAUUAUCCACUGUUCCUUAUCCUGCUCCAAUCAAAGGGACAUUGGUUACACUAAGACUAGAUAUAUGGAAUAAAAGAAAUUUUCAAAAAAAAACGGAUUUAUACAUAGACAAGGUUUCAGAUCUACAAGGAAAUUUACUUAAAGUAGUAACUUUUAAUUAUAUUCCAUCUGCAAUAAAAAAUCCAUUAAUGAAUGAAAAUGAUGAAAAUUCUGGUUAUAAGAAGGGUUUAGAAAUAGAGGUUCUUAGAACACUAGGAAGUGCAAUGAAUUUUAUUCCAGUUAUAUAUGAACCACUAAAUUGGCGUACAGAACAAUGGGGUAAAAAGCAAAUUAAUGGAACUAUAUCAGGAUUGCUAGGAGAAGUUUGGUCUGCUCGUGCUGAUUUAGCACUGGGCAAUUUACAUUACACACCAUAUCAUCUAAAUAUUUUAGAUUUAUCUAUACCUUACAAUACAGAAUGUCUAACAUUCUUAACAUUUGAAUCAAAAACAGAUAACUCAUGGAAAACUUUGAUUCUUCCUUUCAAAUUAAAUAUGUGGGUUGGCGUACUUAUUACACUUCUUGUUGGAGGCUUUUUAUUUUAUGCAUUUGCUACAGCUCAUAAACAUAUUGAAGAUAAUGAAAACUUAAUUAAAAUGAUACAAUGUGAUAUUCAGAAGACAAAAAUAUUAGAAAAUAAACCUGAACUAUUAACAGAAAAUAAAACAAUUAUAAAAAAUAUAGAUAUUAUAAAACAUACAGUUAAAUAUCCAAAAAUAAUCAAAGAACAAAAAUGUAUCAACGAACAAACAAAAAAUAAUCAAUUUAACAACACAGAUGUAACUGGAUUAUAUUUAUUUGAAAAUAUAGAGAAUAGUAUUUUGUAUACUUAUGGGAUGUUAGUAGCUGUAUCAUUGCCAAAAGUACCCAGUGGAUGGGCCAUAAGAAUUUUAACAGGGUGGUGGUGGAUUUACUGUUUAUUAGUUGUAGUUGCUUACAAAGCUAGUAUGACGGCAAUCCUAGCUAAUCCAGAUACCAGGGUUACAAUUGAUACAUUGGAUGCUCUUGCUGAGAGUAAUAUAAAUUGUGGAGGAUGGGGAGAACAAUCAAAAGAAUUUUUCAUGACGUCUCUAGAUAAAACUGGACAAAAAGUUGGUCAAAAGUUUCAAGAAGUUUAUGAAGUUGAUAAAGCUAUUGAUUUGGUAUCCAAAGGGCAAUUUGCUUACUAUGAUAAUAUACAUUUUUUAAGAUAUGUAAAAGUGAUGCAAAAUACCAAAACAUAUGAACAAAAUGUUCAAUUAAUAAAUGGUACACGCAAUGAUACGAGUAAUGGAGAUUUUACACUACAUAUAAUGUCAACAUGUAUAAUUAAUAUGCCAAUAUCAUUAGGAUUACAAAAGAAUUCUCCAUUAAAGCCAGCAGUUGACAGAUUCUUGAGAAGAGUUAUAGAAGCUGGAUUAGUAAAAAAAUGGUUAAAUGAUGUUAUGUCGGAUACAGUAAUACUCGAAGAACCACAGCAAAUCGAAGAAGUUAAAGCACUUAUGGAUCUUAAGAAACUUUAUGGGGCACUUGUUGUUUUGGUUGCAGGUUAUAUUUUAAGUAUAUUGGUUUUGUUAAUUGAAAUUGGUUAUUGGUAUGGAGUGGUAAAAAAAGAUCCACUUUAUGAUGAAUAUUCAUUAAACUGUUAUUAUUCACAGAAAUAA